AUGAGCGCCUACGGCCGUCCGGCGCUGAUGCGAUUGGCGUCUAUAUCACGGAGCGUGCAGGAAGUUGUAGUUCGUCAAAACGCUCACCGGGCGUCUCUUGGCAAGAUCGGACGCUCACAGUAUCUUCUCAAGUAUCCGGUGCGGCUCAUCCGGCCCGAUGGUUCCACAAUCCAAGUUCGUGCCGACGAGCCAAGAGAGACAGUUCAACUUGCCAUCGAUUUGAAGACGUUGACGGAUGAUGAGAGGCGUCAACGGCUCGCCGCGCGUAAACCGAAAGCGAAGAAAAUCAGAAAGGAGAAAGAAUUCGGCGCCGACAAAAUAAUCCUGCGGCCGCGUGAGGGCAAAUUGGGCCUGGGCACCGCCUACAUCCAUGGGUUGAAGCACGCACGUGGCGAGUUCAUUAUCAUUAUGGAUGCCGACCUUUCGCAUCACCCCAAAUUCAUCCUGCAGAUGAUCGAGCUGCAAAAAAGUAAAAAUCUUGACAUCGUCACCGGUACUCGCUAUGCGCCGGGCGGUGGCGUCUCUGGAUGGGAUCUACGACGAAAAGUAAUGUCUGCGGGUGCCAACUGUCUUGCUCAGUUCUUUCUCAACCCCGGCGUUUCUGAUCUGACCGGCUCAUUCCGGCUAUACAGGAAAGAAAUCCUCGCUACAUUGAUUGCUCACUGCGUUUCGAAGGGCUACGUUUUCCAGAAUCUCGUGGGGAAAAGUGAGGUGGACGCCGACCUGCAAUCGGAGAUCGAGGCCGAGAUGGGCAAGUACGGCACCGUGUCCAGUUCACAUAUUCAUUUGAUGCCUGAGGGUACCCCAGAGGACGAGGAGGUGCGGAUAUUUGUCGAGUAUUCGAACGUCCCUCAAGCAAUCAAGGCAUUUAUCGUCCAGAACAACCGAUUUUUCGCCGGGCGCAACAUUCGGGCGACAUUCUACUCACCCGACGACUAUAACGACCGGAUCUACGACGUGGAGACGAUCACC